UAUAAACCAUAUACACCAUAUCUUCUUCACAGACAUUUUCACAGAAACAUGGAAGAUAUGUUGUUGAUAUACUCAUCCCUCUCUCUUCUCGUCGUUGCUGUUGCUUUCAAGCUCAUCAUCCACCUUCAAACAACAACACCCAAACACCUCCCUCCCAGCCCGCCUUCUCUGCCAAUUCUGGGUCAUCUUCAUCUCGCCAAAAAGCCCAUCCACCGGACUUUCCACAGCCUCUCGCAAAAAUACGGCCAGAUUUUCUCUCUCCGAUUCGGCUCUCGCCUGGUGGUUAUCGUAUCUUCCCCAUCCGCAGUCGAGGAUUGCUUCACCAAGAACGACAUCGUCUUAGCCAAUCGUCCUCCCUCCCUCAUGGCCAAGAUUGUCGGCUACAACCAGACCACUGUGGUAGCAUCCCCCUACGGCGACCACUGGCGCAACCUCCGCCGCAUCAGCGCACUCGAGAUCUUCUCAACCACCCGCCUCAACAUGUCCUUGGGCAUCCGAAGGGACGAGAUCAAGCACUUGCUGCGCAAGCUGGGGCGCAACUCUUGCCAAGAUUUCGCCAAGGUGGAGCUGAAAUCAAUGUUCUCGGAGCUCACCUUUAACAUCAUAAUGAGAAUGUCUUCCGCUACGUCAGUGGCGGGGAAGCGGUACUACGGGUAUGGGGAGGACGUCAAGGACGAGGAAGAGGCGAGGCAGUUUAGGGAAAUAAUGAGAGAGACUUUCGCAAAUGCAGGAGCGUCGAAUCCUCAAGAAUUCGUGCCCAUGCUGCGGUGGUUUGAUCACGGGGGUUUGGAGAAGAGGCUGAUGGGGCUUGCCAUGAGGACGGAUGCCUUCUUGCAAGGCCUUAUUGACGAGAAGAAGGGUAAGGAGGAGGGAAACACUAUGAUUCACCAUCUGCUUUCUUUGCAGAAAUCCCAGCCCGAUUACUACACCGACCAGAUUAUCAAAGGCCUUAUUUUGGUUUUGCUACUUGCCGGGACUGACACAUCCGCAGUGACAUUAGAGUGGGCUAUGUCCAAUCUGCUUAACCAUCCUGAUGUGUUGAAGAAGGCUAGAGCUGAGUUGGACAGUCAAAUUGGGGAAGAGAAUUUGAUGGACGAACCAGAUGUGCCUAAACUGCGGUACCUUCAAAGCAUAAUCUCAGAGACCCUUCGAUUGUAUCCGGCAGCCCCACUGUUAGUACCCCACAUGUCCUCCGAUGAUUGCACCAUUCGAGGAUACGAUGUUCCGCGUAACACAAUAUUAUUGGUGAAUGCAUGGGCCAUGCACAGAGACCCCAAGGUGUGGGAUAACGCAACCAAUUUUAAGCCCGAGAGAUUCAAGUGCGAUGAGGCUGAUCCGCACAAGUUGAUGCCAUUUGGGUUGGGAAGGAGGGUGUGUCCAGGGGCAGGACUAGCCCAACGGACGGUGGGGUUGGCUUUGGGGUCAUUGAUUCAGUGUUUUGAGUGGGAGAGGGUUGGCGAGGAAGAAAUAGACAUGGCUGAAGGUACUGGAAUCACCAUGCCAAAAGCUGUUGCACUGGAGGCCUUGUGUAAGAAAAUUGGAGAAGGAAUUGCCUGGGGGAAGGACUCAUUUUGUGGACGUAUGUGGUCUGCCCAUAAGCACCUAUUUCAGUGCACUGAAGCUGCUCUGGUUGAUGGAAAAUGUAGAUGCUGUUAAGGAGGCUGUGAAAGCAGGGGAUGCUCUUUUUGGCACGAUAGACACUUGGUUAAUCUGGAACUUAACAGGUGGGAUAAAUGGAGGAAUUCAUGCUACUGAUGUUUCAAAUGCAUCAAGAACAAUGCUCAUGAAUCUCAAAACACUUGAUUGGGAUAAACCCACUUUAAAAACCUUAGGGAUUCCAGCUGAAAUUCUGCCCAAAAUUGUCAGUAAUUCUGAGCUUAUUGGAAAAUUUUCCAAAGGUUGGGCAGUGUCUGGUGUCCCAAUUUCAGGAUGUUUAGGUGACUAACAUGCAGCAAUGUUGGGGCAAUCUUGCCGGAAAGGUGAAGCUAAAAGCACUUAUGGAACUGGUGCUUUCAUACUUCUCAACACAGGUGAAGAGAUAAUCCAGUCAAAGCAUGGGCUCCUAUCCACUUUAGCAUUCAAGCUUGGCCCCAAAGCACCAACAAAUUAUGCUCUGGAGGGAUCAAUUGCUAUUGCUGGAGCUGCAGUUCAGUGGCUCAGAGACAGUCUUGGGAUAAUUAGUAGUGCGAGUGAGAUUGAGGAAUUGGCAUUAAAGGUUGAAUCCUGCGGUGGGGUUUACUUUGUGCCUGCUUUUAAUGGAUUGUUUGCUCCUUGGUGGCGUGAUGAUGCUCGUGGAGUUUGUAUUGGGAUCACAAGGUUUACAAGCAAGGCUCACAUUGCUCGAGCUGUGCUUGAGAGCAUGUGUUUCCAAGUCAAAGAUUUGUUGGAUUCCAUGCACAAAGAUGCAGGGGAGGGGAGUGAGGUUAAGAAUGAGAAGGGGGAAUUCUUGCUUAGGGUAGAUGGUGGUGCUACUGUUAACAGUCUUUUGAUGCAGAUUCAGGCAGACUUGUUGGGAAGCCCGGUCGUGAGACCAGCUGACAUAGAAACAACCGCUCUUGGAGCAGCCUAUGCUGCUAGAUUAGCAGUUGGUUUUUGGACAGAAGAUGAGAUAUUUGCUUCUGAAGAAAAGUUGAAAACUGCAACCAUUUUCCGUUCAACAUUAAAUGAAGAGUUAAGGAAGAAGAAGGUGGAGUCUUGGUGCAAAGCUGUUUCCAGAACUUUUGACUUGGUUGAUCUUUCUCUUUGAUAUACUCGUGUCAAUCCUUUUCCAUUAUCCCCUGUUUUAUUUUGCCAUGUCCUUUUGUCUUGAGUUAUGGAAUGUUUAAUGUUGGGUACAUUGAUGUGAAUUAUGGAGACCAGAAUGUAUUGAAGUGAAUAAAAUUAUAAUAAUGCUGAUUUAUACUGUAAAACACCAAAUUAUCAA